AUGGCGAAUCUCGUGGAGGCAACAACGCAACAACAGUUUGAGGGUUUUUUGGCCAAAGCUGGAAAAUGUCUGACUGUGGUGCAUUUCCAGGCGGCGUGGGCUCCUCAGUGCGAACAAAUGAACGGAGUCAUGUCCGAGCUGGCCAAGGAGCACGCGCACACCACGUUCGUGAAGCUCGAGGCGGAAGCGGUGCCCGAGGUCUCUGAGAAAUAUGAAAUCGCCUCCGUCCCUACUUUCCUUUUCUUUAAGGGUGGAGAGAAGGUGGACCGUCUGGACGGAGCAAACGCACCGGAGCUGACUAAGAAGGUAGCCCGGCUAGCGGUCACAGGAGGCCCGGGUGGAUCCGAGGAUAGCAGCGGCGCCUCCGACCUGAACCAGCGGCUGAAGAAGCUCAUCAACGCGGCUCCGUGCAUGCUGUUCAUGAAGGGGUCACCACAGGAGCCCCGCUGUGGUUUCAGCAGACAGAUCACAGCCCUCCUGAAAACUCAUAACAUCCAGUUCAGCAGCUUUGACAUCCUGUCCGACGAGGAGGUCCGACAGGGGCUGAAGACCUAUUCGAACUGGCCCACCUACCCGCAGCUGUACGCCAAUGGAGAUCUGGUAGGAGGUCUGGAUAUCGUGAAGGAGCUGGCUGAGUCUGGAGAGCUGGAGAACACCUGUCCGAAGGCUGUGACCUUGGAGCACCGCCUGAAGAGCCUCAUCAACAAGAGCCAGGUCAUGCUGUUCAUGAAGGGCAACAAGGAGGCUGCCAGGUGUGGUUUCAGCAGGCAGACUCUGGAGAUCAUGAACGAGGCUGGGGUGGACUACGACACCUUUGAUAUUCUGUCCGAUGAGGAGGUCCGACAGGGGCUCAAGACAUACUCAAACUGGCCCACCUACCCCCAGCUCUAUGUGAAAGGGGAGCUGAUCGGAGGAUUGGACAUACUGAAGGAGCUGAAGGAAAGUGGAGACCUGGUGUCAGUGCUGAAAGGAGAGUCGUAG